UCUCGGCUAUCAGUCGUCGCCAUCCUUGCAAGGUUGGAUACAGAAGGGAAAUGAAAAGUAUGGUUUUGCGUAAGAAUUUAAGAAACAGUUUGCAUAUAAAGAAUCGCCCGCUUUGGUUUUUGUUUCAUAAAAAAAAAAAAAAAAAUGCAAAAUCUCUUCUUUUUGAGUUAAAGAUCUGUACUUUUUGCUGUUUUAAUGGUGGGAAUUACUGAAUUACGCUUUGUUUGAAUUCCAAAGCUCCAUGAUCUUCUUCCUCAGUUUCCAAACUAGCUUCUUUUCUACUGCAAUCUUCUUUUGAUGGUGUAACCAACCUUCUGUGAUUCCAAAUUUCUCCUUUUUUUUCCUCCCCCAUCUAUUAAUCCGCCGGCGCUCUUCUGUUCCCUCUCUAUUGCCAUCAAUGAAUCAUCUUCAACACGAAGUCCAAAGGCAUCCAGCUCUACUGAAUCCCAUUUCUCGCUGCACCUUCAUGAUCCUUAACAGGAAGAACCGGCGCAGAAAUACAAUCUCUGAUAAAUCCGGGAAGAAGCAGAUGCCCCCAAAAGUGGCUUCAGAGGAGCACAUAUUCAGCUUCCUUGAAUCAGCUAACUCCAUCCCUGAGUCCGAAGAAUGUUUCCUUGAGUUCAUCAGUAUGUACCCAGCUUACCAAUCCUCCAAUCAGAUCGACCAGCUUCGAUCAAACGAGUAUUUCCAGCUCAAUAAACCAGAAGCUAAGGUAUGCCUUGACUACUGUGGCUUUGGCCUCUUCUCCUACCUCCAAAACUCCCAACUUUCAGAAUCUUCUGCUUUCAGCCUCUCUGUAGCCAAUUCGAAUUUGAAGAAUCAUGCCCUUUAUGAAAGUGCUGCAGAGGGAACUGCGGAGAAUGACAUUAAAACAAGAAUCAUGGAGUAUCUGAACACUCCUGAGAAUGAGUAUAGCCUUGUGUUUACUGCUAGCAGAGGUUCAGCAUUCCAAUUGCUUGCAGAAUCAUACCCUUUCGAAUCUAACAAAAAGUUGCUGACUUUGUUCGAUCAUGAGAGCCAAUCAGUGAAUUUGAUGGCUCAGACAGCGAGAGAUAGGGGUGCAAGGGUUUACAGUGCAAAGUUCAUGUGGCCGAGCCUGAAGAUCCAUGGUUCUGGGAUGAUUAAGCUGUUAUCAAGCAAGAAGAGAAGGAAGAGAGAUUCGGCCACCGGACUUUUCAUCUUCCCGGUUCAGUCUAGAGUUAGUGGAGUGAAAUAUGCUUAUAAAUGGAUGGGUUUGGCAAAGCAUUAUGGUUGGCAUGUUUUACUUGAUGCAGGAUCAUUGGGUCCUAAAGACAUGGAAUCAUUUGGGUUGUCUCUUUUUAGGCCUGAUUUCAUCAUCACUUCAUUUUAUCGUGUGUUUGGGGCAGAUCCAACUGGUUUUGGUUGUCUGGUCAUUAAAAAUUCUGUUUUGAGUUGUUUGAAGAGUGGGAGUAAAGAGUCUGGUUUUGGUGUUGUGAGGAUCGUGCCUUCUUUUCCACAAUAUUUGAGAAAAUUUGCAGACUCUCAUAAUGGAGCUGAAGAGGAUCCAAUGACUGCAAAUGAGGAAAGAAUGGUGCUUGACACUGCCCGAGGCUCAAAAAUGCAGUUUUUCUCUGGUCCAUACGUUGCGCUUCCGGUUACAGACUCAAAAGAGAUCAUUCAAGGAACUGAUUCAUUUGGUGAGAUAAUGAAGAGCCCAAUCUUCAACGAAGAUGAAUCAUCUGACAGUUCUCUCUGGAUUUAUUUGGGUCCCAGUCCCUCCGGCUCAGAUGUUUCAGCUCAGCUUAAAAAAGGAAAGCUUGAUUCUCCAUUAGCAAUUUCAUGGCUUUUUGAAGAAAAGAACAACAGUCUUGAUAAAUCCAUCAUAUCCGUCUCCAAAGACAAAAACCAGAUUCAGAAAGACUCGAAAGACAAGUCUUUUAUCUCUGCGAUUCGAAAGGAGACAGAUAAAGAAGCCAUGGUCAACUCUCCUUCAUCUGAAAAUGAUUUAAGAUCUGCAAUCUGCAGAGAAAAUAUGGAAGAAACCUACAAAAGCGCCAUUAGAAAAGAAACAGAACUUGAAUUCAUGAUUCUCGACAGGAGAGAAGGAAACAAUAACGACGCCGACCAAACCACGACUUCUCCAUUCCCUCUCAGUUGGGACGACGACAGACCUUCCAGAAGCCUGAUUCACUAUUUGGAUUCCGCCGAAUCCUCUCCACAUAACUCAUCAGAACCAGUCUCAAAAAGAAGAGAACCAGAAAUAAAAUGCAGACACAUGGAUCAUAUUAACAUGAUUGGCAUAAACAAAUCCGCCAUACGGAUUCGUUGUCUGGUUAACUGGCUGAUGCGUUCGUUGCUCCGUCUUCGUUUGCCGAGAUCUCAUGGCGGACACGGAAUCCGUCUGGUUUACAUUUAUGGACCGAGGAUCAAAGGCGAGAGAGGGCCCACGGUGGCUUUUAAUGUAAGGGAUAAAGGUGGGAUUUUUAUACAUCCUGAAACUGUGCAGAAGCUUGCUGACAGAAAUGGAAUCCAUUUGGGGGUUGGAUUUCUGAACAACAUUAGGGUUUUGGGCAAAGAUGAGGCUGUUGAUGGUUCGUUCUGUAACUUCAUAUCGAAUAGAUGCCAUGAAAGCCAUGAAAGCCAUGAAAGUAAGGUUGAAGGUAUUAGAUUAGAGGUGGUGAUUGCGUCGCUUGGAUUCCUGACGAAUUUUGCGGACGUGUACAAGUUGUGGGCCUUCGUCGCACGGUUCCUUGAUCCAUCGUUUGUGGAGGUGUCGGAGGGGUGAUUAAAAUUUGAAGAUAGUCGUUUCUUUGUCUUUUCAGACUGAUUCCUGGCAUUAUUUGUUUGAAGAAAUAUUUCGUCCGGACAUCAUGUACCAAUCAAGCACCUAAAUCGCAUGUCAAUAAGAGGUUUGUAUUUUCUGUUCGGACACCUGACGUACAUCUACGUGCGGCAUAGAUUAUUCCUGAGUUAUUUUCUGUUCGGACACCUGACGUACCUCUACGUGUAUUUUCUGUUUGGACACCUGAUGUACCAACCAAACACCUAAACUCAGGAAUAACCUGCGUCGCACGUAGAGGUACGUCAGGUGUCCGAACAGAAAAAAUUUUUGCAAUAAGAAAUAUGACAAUGUGACGUCCGAGGGUAAGUCAUCAAGCUAUGCUACAAUAGAAAGAAUUAGCUUUGUGAUGCUAAGGGAUUGAA